AGAACGUUCUCCAAAGCUCACUCAGUCAGUUUCUCCACCACACAAACCCAAAACAUGAUCGUCAUCCUCCUCACAUGCCACAUGUCACUCAACCGUUGGAGCAUUUCUCAAAUUUCAUUCCACCUCAGCAUCUCCACCCACCUUCAGAAACCAAAACUUUCUCCUUCCUUCCUUCCUGGUGAAUUGGUGAUUAACCAAACCACCAUUCUUUUCUUGACUUUCAAGAAUUAUUAUUAUGCCAUGGAAGCCCUCAAUGCAGCAGCACUUGUCUUGAAACCCAUUUCCGUUCUCAAACCAGAACCCAAAAAGCACUCAUCUUUCCCCUCAAUUCCCCACUUAAAACCCCAAUUCAAUGGCACUAGUUUAGUGCUCAUAUCCUCUGUUUUCAACUCUGCUUUUGCCAAAGCACUUACUUAUGAAGAAGCACUUAACCAAUCAACAACAGCCUCCGACUCCUCAUUUGCAGCACCUGAUCUUGAUGUCAUUGAUGGGAUAGUCAAUUUUGGUGUGGAGAAUCCUUUGGUGGUAGCCGGUGGGGCCGCCUUGUUGGCGGUUCCGGCUAUUCUGUCUCAAGUGUUUGGAAAGAGUAGUAAUAAGAAGGCAUGGGGUGUGGAGACUGCAAAAAUUGCCUAUCAGAAAUUGGGUGAUGAUGGGGAUGCUCAGUUGCUUGAUAUACGGGCUGCUUCGGAUAUUCGGGCGGUGGGUAGCCCGAAUAUUAAGGACUUGAAGAAGAAGCCUGUUACAGUUGCUUAUAAUGGUGAUGAUAAACAAGGCUUCUUGAAGAAGCUCUCUUUGAGGUUCAAGGACCCAGAAAACACCACAUUGUUUAUUUUGGAUAAAUUCGAUGGGAGCUCUGAACUUGUUGCGGAGUUGGUGACAGUAAAUGGCUUCAAAGCUGCUUAUGCUAUAAAAGACGGUGCAGAAGGACCCCGUGGAUGGAUGAACAGCAGUCUUCCUUGGAUAUUACCCAGAAAAUCCUUCUCAUUUGACUUAAGCACUCUGAAUGAUGCUGUUGACGGCAUUCUUGGUGAGGGUAAUGAAGCUGUAACUCUACUUUUUGGCAUCGCUGCAGCCGCUGGACUAAGUUUGUUUGCAUUUACUGAGGUUAGGAUCUUUAGAAAAAAAAAAUAA